CCCGCUCCUUCGCCCAAGCGUCUGCCCCUGCGCCCGCCCGCAUCCCCAGCCAUGGAGAGAAACCACCAAGUGCAGAAGGCCAAGCUGGCCGAGCAGGCUGAGCGCUACGAGGACAUGGCGGACUUCAUGAAGGCGGUGGUGGAGCACGGGGACGAGCUGUCCAACGAGGAACGCAACCUCCUCUCCGUCGCCUACAAGAACGUGGUGGGGUGCCAGCGCUCGGCGUGGAGGGUCAUUUCCAGCAUCGAGCACAAAACCGAAGAAGGGGACGAUAAAGCUCAGCUGGUGAACGAAUAUCGGGAGAAGGUGGAACGGGAGCUGAACGGCGUCUGCAAGAACGUCCUGGCCUUGCUGGACAAGUAUCUCAUCAAGAAAGCCAGCGAUUCCGAGAGCAAGGUCUUCUACUUGAAGAUGAAGGGCGACUAUUUCCGAUACUUGGCCGAGGUGGCCACCGGGGACGACCGUAAGAAGGCGAUCGACAACGCCCAGGAAGCCUACCAAGAAGCCAUGGACAUCAGCAAAAAGGAGAUGCAGCCCACGAACCCCAUCCGCCUGGGGCUGGCCUUUUUUUUCCACUACGAGAUCGCCAACGCCCCCGAGCAGGCCAUCUCCUUGGCCAAGACCACCUUCGACGAGGCCAUGGGCGACCUGCACACGCUCAGCGAAGAUUCCUACAAGGACAGCACCCUCAUCAUGCAGCUGCUCAGGGACAACCUCACGCUAUGGACAGCCGAGUGUGCUGGAGAAGACGGCGGCGAGGCUGGCGAAGAGCCCAAGAACUGA